CCAGUUCAGUCCAACGAUCAGUUCACCUGAACUUCUGACGAAUGUUCAUGCGCGCGCAGGUGAGCUUUACCGGAUACUUUCUUUCGAGACAGCACUUACUUGACAGCUUUUGAAUGUUUUAAAGUGAGUUCAUCACAGUUUGGGUCAACUUUAAAAGCACACUUAUUUUAAAACAAUCUCUAAAUACUUCUGAGGAAUGUGGCGGAUCUGAAAAGCAAUAUUUGUAUAGUGUGUUUACAAAGUGAGUUGGGUCGCACGAGACAUUUUCAAAAGGAAAUCAUGGCAACGGGAGGAUUUAAAUCUACCAGCGCAACGGACUUUCUGGAGGAAUGGAAAGCAAAGCGCGAGAAGAUGAGAGCGAAGAUGCUUGGAGACAUCGCCGCCGCCACCGGGAGAACUAACGUUACUGAGUUAAACAACAACGGCAGCUCGGUCAACUGCGUCUCCCCUUCGUCCUCCUAUCCGGUGGCCCGGUCCUCCUCUUUAUCCGCUUUGAAGCGGCCGGAGGACGAGUCAAAGUCACCCGAGCCCCCCGGGGGAAGCUUGAAGAAGACGCCGGAGAAAGUGAGCGGAGUCCCGCAGGCGGAGAGCUCGAGCCCCAGCCCCAGCCCCAGCCCCGCUGGUGUGGAUGACAGCGAUAAGGAGAGUCCAACACACAGCAAGAGCAAAGAGAAGAAGAGCUCAGGACCCAGCGCCAGAAAGGGCAAAGGACAGAUCGAGAAAAGGAAGUUAAGAGAGAAGAGGAGAUCAACAGGUGUUGUCAGCAUACCGUCCACUGAGAGCUUGGAUGAGCUUGAUGAUGAUGACGGAGAAGAGAAGGAGGGGAAGACGGACGGAAGUCUUACACAGCACAACACGGUCCAGAACGAGGCGCUGAUCUCUGACCCCGGAGAGGCCCAGUCAAUACAGGACACUCCGAGAUCCAGAAGUCAUAAGAGCGACGAAGACAGACAUCGCCAUCGACACGGACGGGAAGGCAGCGGCGUCACGCCCACAGCCCUGGAGAGAAGGAUAGAGGAGCUAGAGAGGGAGCUGUCCUUGGAGAGACAGGAGAACGGUCGCCUGCUGAAAGCCUAUCAAGACAAGGACGAGCAGAUCAUUAAGCUGAAGGAGGAGAUCGACCUGCUAAACAGGGAUCUGGAUGACAUUGAAGACGAGAACGAGCAGCUCAAACAGGAAAAUAAGACCUUGCUCAAAGUGGUCGGCCAACUCACCAGGUAGAACCCGGCGACCCGAGGACGGCUGGAAAUGGAGUCUGCGUCUCCAUUGGGAUUGGUUGAGAAACCCCGCCGCCGCUGCCGCCUCUGUCCUUUUAUGUGUUCUGCUCUGGUCUUACGUGUCUGUCCGUCUUGUUGUCGCUCUCUGGAAGACAAUGCGCGCGUGGGGAGGCUUUGAGAACCUGGACCUCCGGAUGUGGAACCGAGCCCCCGACGCCGUGUUACUCGAGGCCUCCCUCUUCUACCGGAAGAACUUGCCCUUUAUUUAAUGUAAAUGUGCGUGUACAUAGGCUACUGUGACUGUCCUUUUAAGGCUCAUGCAAGACAACAAAAAGAGGAAAUGCGUCUGAAUGUACGUGGUGUGGCACCAAAUUCCUUUUCUUUUACAAUUACCUUUGUCAAAAAUUUCCCAAAAAGUGCCUGUUAAGACAGUAGCCUGCAUCUCACCUUGUGGCCUCGUUUUAAACUAGGUAACCGAUCCUGCCUGGCGGUUGGCGGUACUUGGUGCAACUCCGUCACGUCUGCGACCUUC